UGAAGGACACCUAAAACUCGACUUUUGCCUUCCGCGUUGGCAAUUCCGUUGGUGCCGACUUUUCUCCACGUCAGUUUUGCAUUGUAAACAGAUACUAUUCUAGCGUGGUUAGAAAACACUCAUGUAACAUCGACGAUAACUUUGUAGUUCUCUAAGAAACAGCCACCAGUCGCAUCGACAAUGUCAUUAACGUUACUGGAGACGGAUGACAGCUAUGACUUUGUUUUUAAAAUAGUUUUAGUGGGAGAUGUAGGUGUUGGCAAAACUUGUGUGGUUCAACGGUUCAAGUCUGGCAAUUUCAUGGAAAGACAAGGAAAUACCAUCGGAGUGGACUUUACCAUGAAGACAAUGGAUAUUCAAGGGAAGAGAGUGAAGCUGCAGAUCUGGGACACUGCGGGCCAGGAACGUUUCAGGACGAUCACCCAGAGUUAUUACCGCAGCACCAACGGAGCCGUCAUUGCCUAUGACAUCACUAAGAGAGGAACCUUCAUGGCUGUGCCCAACUGGAUGGAGGACGUCAAGAAAUACGGAGGGGCAAACAUUGUACCCCUGCUCAUCGGGAAUAAGUCUGACCUGGUGGAUCAGCGUGAGGUGUCGUUAGAAGAUGCCCAGACCAUGGCCCACCAGCUGGAGUUCCUGACGGCCAUUGAGACGUCGGCUAAAGACGCCUCCAACGUGGAUGAGGCCUUUAACAAGAUGGCCGCCGAGCUCAUCCUGCGCCAUGGGGGACCCAUGUUCAACGAGAAUGUGACGGAAAGCUUCAAACUCAACAGCAAAGACAUGGGCGGAGAAGGCUGGGGCUGUGGCUGCUGAUAGGAGGUGGAGAGGGGACUGUACAUGUUGAUAAUUCAAAGGUUUUGCUCCAGCUGGGGGGCUGUGGUUCGUGACCAACAGGUGGUUUGUUGACUUGUGUUUUGAAAAACAUCUAUUUGUUUUAUUCUGUUUCAGGGACCAGUUGAGAAACUUUGAUGUAGCAAUACCUGUUUUUUAAGGGGGGAGGGGGGCAUGACCUGCACAGAAAUAUUUCACAGAGAGAAAAGUGGAUGUUAUUGGACGUAAACCGAAUCUCUCAUCCAGAGAGUUGAUCUAAACCACUAUUGGAGUCACACCCUGACUUUUACUUCCCAGAGCAUGUAGCUGUGCUGUCCCUCUCUGCCCUUUAACAGAGACAGACAGGCCUGACAGGAAAUGUUAAAUCUAUCACUUCAUGUGUUGUGGCAGCCUGACAUCACAGAUUAUUAUUGAACCUUGUCCUGUAAACAGUAUUACAGUGUAGGAGAUAUAUAAACCUGCCAAGUAAGUCAUUACAUUAUUGAUCAUGAUGUUUUUAUGGGGAGGACAGAGUACAUACACGUACCAUAGACUUUGAUAUUUUUGCACAGUGAUUAUUGUUAGAAAUUGACCUGCCAUGUUUGAAGUUGUGCGGUAUGUCAAGGAAAGGAGCUUGGUGUGUCUAGUGUUGCACAUCAGAGUGUCAUCUUGAUUCUGAAUGCUUGUUGAACCAUGACUGACACAAUCACAGUCUCCUCCUGUGAAGACUACAGGAGCAUACAGUGUAUUUGGAAAGUAUUCAGACCCCGCGACUUUGUCCUCAUUUUGUUAGAUUACAGACUUAUUGUAAAAUGGGUGAAAUAAAAAUGAUUCCUCAUCAAUCUAUACACAAUACCCCAUAAUGACAAAGCAAAAACUGAUUUUUAGAUAGUUUUGCAAAUAUAUUACAAAUAAAAACAGGUAUACCUUAUUUACAUAAGUAUUCAGACCCUUUGCUAUGAGACUCAAAAUUUAUCUCCGGUGCAUCCUGUUGCCAUUGAUCAUCCUUGAGAUGUUUCUCAAAACUUGAUUGGAAAGGCACACACCUGUCUAUAUAAGGUUCCACAGUUGACAGUGCAGGUCAAAGUAAUUGUCCGUAGAGCUCCGAGACAGGAUUGUGUCGAGGCACAGAUCUGGGGAAGGGUACCAAAACAUGUCUGCGGCAUUGAAGGUCCCCAAGAACACAGUGGACUCCAUCAUUCUUAAAUGGAAGAAGUUUGGAACCACCAAGACUCUUCAUAGAACUGACCGCCCGGCCAAACUGAGCAAUCAGGGUGAAGGGCCUUGGUCAGGGAGGUGACCAAGAACCCGAUGGUCACUCUGACAGAGCUCCUGAGUUCUUCUGUGGAGAUGGGAGAAACUUCCGGAAGGACAAUCAUCUCUGCAGCACUCCACCCAUCAGGUCUUUAUGGUAGAGUGGCCAAACAGAUGCCACUCCUCAGUAAAAGGCAUGACCGCCCACUAGGAGUUUGCCAAAAACACCUAAAGACUCUUUAUGAGAAACAAGAUUUUCUGGUCUUAUGAAACUCUUUGGCCUGAAUGCCAAGCGUCACAUCUAGAGGAAACAUGGCACCAUCCCUACAGUGAAGCAUGGUGGUAGCAGCAUGCUGUGAGGAUCUUUUUCAGUGGCAGGGACUGGGAGACUAGUCAGGAUCGAGGGAAAGAUGAACGGAGCAAAGUACAGGGAGAUCCGUUAUGAAAACCAGCUCCAGAGUGCUCAGGACCUCAGACUGGGGCGAAGGCUCACCUUCCAACUGGACAACGACCCUAAGCACACAGCCAAGACAACGCAGGAGUGGCUUCAGGACAGGUCACUGAAUGUCCUUGAGUUGCCCAGCCAGAGCCCGGACUUGAAUUCGAUAGAACAUCUCUGGGGAGACCUGACAAUAUCUGUGCAGUGACGCUCCCCAUCCUUGAGAGGAUCUGCAGAGAAGAAUGGGAGAAACUCCCCAAAUACAGGUGUGCCAAGCUUGUAGCGUCAUACCCAUGAAGACUCAAGGCUGUAAUCGUUGCCAAAGGUGCUUCAACAAACUAUUAAGUAAAGGGUCUGAAUACUUAUGUAAAUGUUAUAUUUCAGCUUAUAUAUAUAUAUUUAUAUAUAUACAAAUUAGCAACAUUUUCUAAAAACCUGUUUUUGCUUUGCAAUUAUGGGGUAUUGUGUGUAGAUUGAUGAGGGGGGAAAACAAUUUAAUCCAUUUUUAGAAUAAGGCUGUAAGUUAACAAAAAUGUGGAAAAAGUCAAGGGGUCUGAAUACUUUCCAGAUGCAUUGUGUGUGUUGUACUAUGUUUGUACUGCGGGAAGGGAGUAUUAGGCUGUUUUAAUAUCUCAGGCUUGUAGGUGGAAUGCAAGGGUUGGGAAUCAACUUUCUGUAUAGUACCAUUUACCAUUUACUUUUUAUGGGACUGUACAUUCUGAAGGAGAUCGAUGGAUUUCGAUCACACAUGUCAAAAAGCUUUUUGAAAUAUGCUAGUAUAUAUCCAGUUUUAAAAUACAGAAUCAGUUUCAGGAAAUAUGCCACAUGUUAUUAACUUGGUUGAAAUGAUAGUCAUGGCUGUAUUUAAUACUGCGUUUCCCAGCCUGUUCUGGACCUGGGGACUGUGAAGAGACCUCUGGUUGCAUGUCUUGUGUUGUACCGAUGGGUGUCCGGACUGUGUGCCAACUGCUUGAACAGACAGUUUGGUACCAUCAACACCUCACACAAAGACCAAUGGUGAUGCAGUCAACCUCUCCUCUACUUUUAGCCAGGAGAGACUGACAUGCAUCAACACCUCACACAGAGACCAAUGGUGAUGCAGUCAACCUCUCCUCUACUUUUAGCCAGGAGAGACUGACAUGCAUGUUACUGACACUUUCCCUCCGUUUACAUCUGAGUGUGAUACGUGCUGCUUUGUUCUGGACCAGUUUACCUUUGACGCAUGACCACACAUUACGGACUGAGGUUCCCAAAAAAUACCAAUUAGGAAUUUGGUCGAGAUUCGACUACUGGUAUCAUAUGAACACAAAUAAGACAUGGAAAAUGUUAAAUGAGCUUUAAAAUGGCAACCUUUUCAUUUUGCUCCAUGGCAUAAUGUGUAGAAUUGAAUAAAUUAGCUUUAAAAUUGCAAUCUUUUCAUUUUGCUCCAUGGCAUAAUGUGUCAAAUCUAAUAAAUUAGCUUUAAAAAGGCAACCUUUUCCUUUUGCUCCAUGGCAUAAUGUGUAGAAUUGAAUAAAUUAGCUUUAAAAUGGCAACCUUUUCCUUUUGCUCCAUGGCAUAAUGUGUAGAAUUGAAUAAAUUAGCUUUAAAAUGGCAAUCUUUUCAUUUUGCUCCAUGGCAUAAUGUGUCAAAUCUAAUAAAUUAGCUUUAAAAAGGCAACCUUUUCCUUUUGCUCCAUGGCAUAAUGUGUAGAAUUGAAUAAAUUAGCUUUAAAAUGGCAACCUUUUCCUUUUGCUCCAUGGCAUAAUGUGUAGAAUUGCAGGAAAUGAACUUUAGAAUUGCUAAUUCUCUCUCCAACAAUAGUUUUUUUAACAGUUUGGGGUUGCGUGGGUUGUGGGGGUUUACUAAGUCGAUAAAUGACAAUAUCAAUCCGGACCUUUGCCACCUAUGACAUUUGUGUGACAGGACCUACUCGAAUAGUACUUGAGAACCCUGUUCUAGAUGAACAGAGUGCCUUUCUCUGUUUGUUGAUUUGUGGAGAGAGAUAUGACAGAAGUGAGAAUAGACAAUGGAAUCAUAAUGUGUAACUAUUAAGUUAUUCCACAUCGUUAUAAGAGUGAGGUGUUGUCGUCAGUGGAUGUUCAUUUUUCAUCUUUAUAUUCUGAACCUGAUCUGUUCAUGUCAUUUUCUUAGGAAAACCUUUUCUUUGGUUUGAGGGUUGCAGUACUAUUGGUGGGCUUUUGAGGGACUGAGGGAAACCAGUUCAGGUUAUCAACAAAUUAGAUAAAUAUUGUAAACCUUAACUUGUUAAUAAAAUAAAUAUCAUAGCCUAUACAUGCAGUUACUAUACAGUGGUCACCUUCUCUAGCCCCGUUUAUACCUGCUGCUAACGUGUCCUUCAUCCGGAUCUUGUCCUGAUCUUGCCUGUUUACACUUAUAAGAUCUGAUCAAAAUCAGUUCACAAUGCGUCUUUUAAUCGUCUAAAAAUGUGGACAAGAUGAGGACAAAGGACACAAAUUAGAACCAGGUAUAAACGUGGCUGAUGUGCCAUAAUCACAGUAUCUGUCUUCAAUAAAGUUACAAUAUCUGUAAUCCGUAUAAA